AUGAACAGGACAACAAAUAUAGGCUACAGAGAAGCAGCCACUCGCUUAGUCACACCAGCAAAGAAGAUAAACGGGAAAGGUCGCGCGUGGCACAAUUCUUCAUACUUUCACAUUGCAAAAUUUUUGGCACUAGGGACGGAGGGACGGGGCGGCGGGCUGGCGACGUCAGUGGCCCCUCUAACUCGCACGCUCACGUAUCCACACGUUACGAUGGAUCGCCGAUGUUCCCAGUCUGUCCGGACACUUGUGUUCGACGAUUCAGACUCUGAUCCGCCUAAACUCGGACAGAAGAAGGAUUUGUCAUCCACUGGAGCACCAUUGUCGCUGAACCAGAGCGCUGAAGGUCGGUGA